GGCACAGACAAAAAGAGUGUUACAGUUUGGGCGUAGAGUUUUUCAUUCAUAAAUAAAACCCGCCUGCUGUGGCGGCACCGCUACAUUCCAAUGGCGACCAACAAUAACGACCAGGAUAAACUACCUUACCGCCCGUAUCGGGAGAGGAAAGUCCUCGCGGCUCAUGCACGCGCCGUCUCAUGUGUGAAGUUCUCCAACGACGGCAAGCUCUUCGCCUCCGCCUCUCUGGACAGAACUCUAAUCGUCUGGUCAUCCGAAACCCUAACGAAGCUCUCACAACUCGUCGGCCACUCCGACGGAAUAUCCGACCUGGCCUGGUCUCCUGACUCCACCUACAUCUGCUCUGCCUCCGACGAUUGCACCAUUCGCAUCUGGGUUGCCAGCUCCGGGGAGUGCCGCAAAACCCUCCGGGGCCACACCAAUUUCGUAUUUUGCGUCAAUUUCAAUCCCCAAUCCAACCUCAUCGCAUCCGGAUCAUUCGACGAGACUAUUCGGGUUUGGGAUGUGAAAACGGGCAAGUCCGUGCACGUGAUCCGGGCGCAUUCCAUGCCCGUGACCGCCGUGCAUUUCAACAAGGACGGGACCAUGAUUGUUUCCAGCAGCCAUGACGGCUCAUGUAAGACUUGGGAUACAGCCAGUGGCGCCUGCUUGAAGACCCUUAUAGAUGAUAAAAUCCCUGUUUCGUUUGCCAAGUUCUCUCCUAACGGCAAGUUCAUACUCGUAGCAACUCUGGAUGACACUCUUAAACUCUGGAAUUACGCAACUGGAAAGAUAAUGAAGACAUAUACUAAGCAUAUGAACAGAAAGUAUUGCAUUACACCCACAUUUUCGGUGACGUAUGCGAAGUACAUUGUUUGUGGUUCUGAAGAUCAUUGUGUGUACAUAUGGGAUCUGCAAAAAGACAAGAAUUUGCUGCAAAAGCUUGAGGGACACAAUGAUACCAUCAUCUCUGUGAGUUGUCAUCCCCUGGCGAACAUGAUUGCGUCUGCUGGACUUGAUGAUGACAGAACUGUGAGGAUUUGGGUUCAAGAUUAACAACAGUCUUCUUUUCAGCCCUUCUUCUUGGUAGGCAUCCUUCCUGUUUAUUCAGGAAUUUUUUGGUUGAGGUCAUAUAUUGCUUGAUGAUAGAACUCCAAACUGCAAAGAUGUUUGGUUAAAAAGGGAUGGAUUGAUAGAUAUCUCAUGAGGGAGAAUAAGGUAUAAACUCGAGCUAAAGAGGUGUACUGUAUUUUCAUCCAUUAGUAGUCAGAUUUAUGUAUUGGUACUUUGUACAGAACCGCAUGAGAACUUGAUAUGUCAAAAUGUUAAAUACCAACUGAUUAAUACAGAGGGCUACAAAAGUACAAAUUGGUUGUCCAAGGAAAUUGCUAUUGAUCUGACUUCUGAGAUAUCACUGCCCCUUCCUUUCUCCAAAUGUAUCUUCUAGCCCAUUUGUUACUUUCUCUUUUCUCGCGGCUAUCAUCUCUGCAUAAACCUGGCGAAUAAGAAAUGUUAAC